CCAGGCAGGCUUAAACUACCUAUUCUUACUUAACCCAAUAUGUUCCGACCGUUUUUGUACGUGUUAUCUUAUGAGAACAUUGCCUACCGAUAGGAAUGCUAAAGAUAACGUUGGCGAAGGCGUUGCGGUGAACUCAUAUUAAUAGAAAAUCGACACGAUCAGUACCAGAUUCACACAAAUGGAUUGCUCCUUAAAUGAAUGCGGCGUUUGCGCCUCGGAGUCAGUUGUCGCUUUCUGUGAAAACUGUAAUUUUAGAAUUUGUGAAAAUUGUUUUCAACUGCACAGAAAGUCGACCAAAUUAUUUCAUAAUCACGUGGCGUUUUUAAUUGACCAAAAUAGACCGAUAAAAGAUGAUAGUAUUGUGGUCGACAAUACACUUGAGGUUUCUACAGAGAGUUUCGGUGAUAUUAAUACUCACAAAUGUGCGAAACAUAAAACAGAAAAUUUGAUAUUCUUCUGUACAGAACAUACAGAAACACUAUGUGGCCGAUGUGUUUUUUCAUGCCACAAAUCAUGCAAAGUGGUUGAUUUAUUUGAGGUUAAUGUUGACGACGACGAAGUACAUACUUGCAAGUCGCAUCUCCAAAACUUGGUCGAAAAUUUAAAGUCUACCGAAAACAAAAUUGAGAAAAACAAGUUGGAAAACAACGCAUGUAAACAAGAGUUUGGUACAAAUCUUCAACGCUUACGAACCGAGUUUAUCAAUUGGUUUGAUCGUCUUCAAUCAAAAUGUGAAAAACAGUGCAUUGAUACGUUUGAGACAAAUGCCGAGCGGUUAACACAAGCUCAAAGAUGUUGCCAAGAACACAUAGAGCGUAUUCAAAAACGCCAAGAGUUCAUGGAUAUUUUACUUACGAAAAAACACGUAAAAAAAAUGUAUAUAUUUUUAAAUGAAGAGAAAAAGGGAAUUGAGGAGGUAAAAUUAAAGAUAAAUUGGCUCAACAGCGCAAGCACCUUUAAUAGUUACGUCUUCAAGCGCAGCAAUUGUAUAAUGGAAUGUUUGAAUUCCCAUGCGUUUGAAAUCGGUGACCUAGAGGAGUGGUGUAGCGGAAGUGACGAGUUAUCGGAUGAUUCAUCGUCGCUAACGGUUUCGACCCUAAGAACACCUACAGAUCCUUCUUCUUUAGAUGAUAUGCAGAAAGGUGGUGAACGAGGAGUCUCUGCAAUUACACGAGAAAAUGCGCUAUCCAUUGAAGCAGAUCAGUCUUGUUCUCCACCAAUACAACUAAGGCAAUAUAAGUCUGCUUAUGUAGUUAGUCAAGAUGCUUCUUCAGAUAGACAGCAUCCACAAGAAGAUCCCCAUCCUAAUACCACGCCUAGACCAAUAACAAUAAGGCAGACAUCAGUUCAUGGUGACGGUACAUCUUAUCAAGAUCAAGCGCAGUCACUUUCCGGAAUAGCAACAGGUUCUAAAAAUGAGAAGUCAGCAUGUUUGGAAACAAGCGAGAGUACUAGCAAGAUUCGACCACAAUAUGAUUACAAGUAUACAGAUGAACUUCAUCCAUCUGCAAACAAUAAAACCCUAUCAAAUGGGAAGUAUACAAUUGAGAAGCAAGGCAAAAUAUGGUGUCUAAGAGGCAUCGGUAAUAAUAAACUGUAUCCACAAAAGCUUAUUUCGGCAACCUCAAUUUUAUUUGAAGGGACGGAUCUUUUGCUGGCUGAUAAUGUGUAUUAUCAAAUUGUAAUAUCUGUUACUGGCCGACCUAAAUUGCAAUUAGUGAACUGUGACGAAUUUGACCGUUAAUCUGACCAAUAAAACAGACAUAUACUGGCUACGCAGCUCUGAAAGAUCUGCUCAGUUGAACUGCCCCUCAAAUGACAGUCGAUACAUACUUUAAAUAGAGCACCAUUUUGACGAACCUACCAGUCGUAAUGCCGAGAGUUGUAGACAUGUUGGAAGUUUGUAGACAGCAACAACAUUACCCGAAUAGUAAAAUGUUUUUGAUAAUUAUGUGUGAACUUUAUUGAAAACAACUCAAUUGUAUUGUUUUUAAAUGUUUCUUAACACCUAAUUUGACAAAUUAGUUAUUAUGCAAAGUAACUUCACUUUCGUUGACAACCUACUGUUACCAAACCUUAAGCCAUAUGGCAUGUUAACUAUUCAGUGUUUUAUACAAGUCCUCUGUAAAAUCAUUAUGCCAUAUAUUUGUUGUGAUUUCUAUUUUAUAAUAAGACACGCGUUCGAUGACUGAUAUAGUAGUUAUAAAGCAACACACAUGUGUUGUUGUUUUUUUUCAUUCUUAUAUGUAUCAAGCUUUCGAGCUUCUUCAUUUUUUCCAAUGUCAUAAAAUGUUUUUCAUUCUAGGCUUGUAAAAAGCUUUUCUUUAAAUUAUGGUAAUCAUUGAAACCCGCGUGCAUAACAAUCAAACAUGUCUAUAAAAAGUCAAUCAGCGUUGCAAUUUAUGUUUGGAUUGUAUGCGUUAAAUAAAGUUCAAAGGAACAAGAUGAUCGGUAACAUGAUUUUUCGGGGUAAAUAGAUUAUUUCUUAUCAGUGUUAUCAUAUCACAAAAGUGUAUUCAAAUGAUAAAAUCCGACAUGAAUACGAUACUUUUUACUACAUAUGUAAAAUGCAGGAAGAUGUCAGACAGUUUCCACUUUAAAUAGCGUCUCAUGGAGCAACUGAAAAAAGUUGCAAUUAUUUUCAAGUCUUAAUAACGUAUUGUUAUAAGUGCAUGGUUAUGUUGUAUGCUUAUGUGCUGGAUGACUUACUGUAAAAUAAAUUGAAUUGAAUUGAUUGGAUUAAGUACAAACACACAUCCGAUACAAACGCUUUUUAGCAUCGAUCAAGCUUAUACCGAUUAAAUAUGUUGAAAUUAUUGAGUUUAUCAGUUUUGUUCGCUUAUUGAUGCGCAUACAAACGCUUUAUAUCGACAAAAUAACUUAUGAAUUCACUAAUUAAUUGAACUCACCCGAAUCGUAUAGAACUUACAAUUUUAUUUGAGCACAAUAUUUUAAAAUCAAGUUUAAAUAAGCACCAUUAUUUAGCUUUUAGUAUGAAGCUUUAAUAUCAGAAGUAAAGACUUGUAAACACGGUAUAGUGUAAACCUGUAAUAAAACACAUAAACAAACGCUUACUAUCACUAACAGGCAAUAAUGAACUCAUUUUGAAAUGAACCUUAUGAUUUUUUCUGAUUCAUAACAUGAGAUGUAAGACAAAGAAUUCCCUGCACUACAUAAGUAGUAUCAUGUAAACAUUGAUAUUAUUACUCAUCCAAUUCUAAGAAAACAUAGUAUACAUAACAUGUAAUGUGUUUCUACAUUAUUCCGUUAACAAUUCGCAUUAUAUAUUAGCUAUUAUAUAUUAAUUUAUUUUUGAACGAAAAACGAUUUCUUUUAUAAUUUUUGUUGUCAUGAACAUACCAAAAUUACUUAACGUUGUCCAUGUUUGAUAAUAUGACUAUAAAUAUGUUUUUCUAACAUCUUUUAUAUUAAUAAGAACUGUUAUUCACUUUUUAUACGCCCGUUUUUAAAAACGGGACGUAUUAUAGU